CAACCAGUCGACCACACAUGACACCGGGUAGCGGAAACAAUUCUAAAGGAAAGGUCGAUGUAAAAAAGGCAUCUGCUGCAGAAAAUGGAAGCUCACAAUGGAGUUAAUGAUAUAGUAAAUUUAACAAAAAAUAUAAAAUUAAAGAAAGAGUCUAGUGCAAAGAUGGAUUUGAUGUACGAAACAGGAACAUUUAGGGUGAAGUCUGGUUUAGCUCAGAUGGCUAAAGGAGGGAUAGUUAUGGAUGUUGUGAAUGUUGAGCAAGCAAAAAUUGCUGAAGCUGCUGGGGCAUGUGCAGUCAUGGCCUUGGAAAGAGUGCCUUUUGACAUCAGGAGUCAAGGGGGUGUUGCAAGGAUGUCUGAUCCCAAGAUGAUAAAAGACAUCAUGGCAGCUGUAACCAUUCCAGUUAUGGCCAAGGCUCGUAUAGGACAUUUUGCGGAAGCUCAAAUCUUGCAAGAGAUUGGAGUUGACAUGAUUGAUGAGUCAGAAGUAUUAACACCUGCCGAUUAUGUUCAUCACAUCAACAAACAUGAUUUUAAAAUUCCAUUUGUUUGUGGUGCUCGAGACUUGGGCGAAGCAUUACGAAGAAUUGAUGAAGGUGCUGCAAUGAUACGAACCAAAGGAGAGGCAGGAACAGGGGAUGUUGCAGAAGCAGUUCGUCAUGCUAGGCAGAUAAACAGUGAAGUAAAAAAAGCGCAGUCUAUGGAUGCUUCAGAACUUUAUGCUUAUGCAAAAGAAUUAAAGGUAUCUUAUCAACUUCUUAAAAAGACUGCUGAGCUUGGUCGAUUGCCUGUUGUAAACUUUGCUGCUGGUGGCUUGGCUACACCUGCUGAUGUCUCUAUGCUUAUGCAGCUUGGAAUGGACGGUGUAUUCGUGGGCUCAGGUAUUUUUAAAAGCGGCUCCCCAGAAAAGCGAGCCCGUGCUAUGGCGCAAGCGGUUACGUACUGGGAUAAACCUGAAAAAAUUGCGGUACUUAGUGAAGAUCUAGGAGAAGCGAUGUCUGGUCAACCAGUAACUGACCAAACGAGAAUAUUUUGUUACAAAUGACUUGAUAUUAACUUUCGGUUAUGGAAUUUCUUGAGGAAUAAAUAUGUAUAAGUGGAAA